GAUCCCAAGAUCACGUUACGCACAAGUGGUUACGAGCUGUUUACCUUGCAGACAUGGAGAAACCAAAGAAUUACUAUGUUCUUAAGGAGACAGAGCCGCUUUCUAAGAAGCCUCUUUAUAUCGCUAUAGCCGUUGCUGUCGUGUUAUGCUUUGUGGGAUUAAUUCUUAUCGUGGUUGGUGGAGUUUUAACCUCCAAAGCUAGGAAGGAAUGUCCAACUGAAGUGUCGCCUUCUUCUAAAGCGCCUAUGGUAAAACCGUCGACUUGCGAAUACUCCGACGAAGCUAAGCGCGUGGGGUUGGACAAAUUCCUUCUUAAAGUGAAAACUACUUAUUACAAGAUGAAUCCCAACAACGCGGUUUACGAUCCUGAUUCGACGCCGACAACCAUUCGCGAGGAUUUCAGCCCGUACGACGCGCACCCGGAGGCCAUUCGAAAACGGACAGAUGCGGCCAGAGCACUUUAUGAAGAAGCUCAGGCGCUCGACGAAAAGGCAGACAGCGCUAAGAUGAAGCCGCGUGAAAUCAAAGCAAUCGCGCAAGUAAAGCAUUAUCUCCAAAGCAACUUCGGCGCGCCCUACGACGAGAACUACUACGCCGGAGAUUGGAUGCUUGGUCCAAAUAAAUUCUGUUGGCAGCCAAUCUGCGGCGUAGGAGGCGACCUCAGGGCUCAUUUCACAUACAAGGAAUGGGGUGUAAGACCCAAGACGAAGAAGGACUUGACAUUUGUCGUCGAACAUCUAAAAAAGCUUAACGAUUCCUUGAUGCAAUACAUCGAAAAUGUUAAGUAUGGAGUGAAAGCAGGGUUUGUUCGUUCAGUGGAGGAUUGUCAAGACGGCCUGUAUUCCAUUAAGCGCGCCUAUCUAAAAGUGUCACAACAGGGCCCUCGGGGUAAGGUUUUGUAUUUUUUGGUUAUUUCUAACUUAGAAAGAUACUGCUGGAUGCUGAAUCUAUCUCUAUGGGGUUCAGUUUGACUUACGUAUUUCAAUUCUUGGAUCUACGAUUUCUUACGCAACAUACCAUACUAAGGAGAUAUGUUGUCAAGGGUCUCAAAUUCAAAACUGAAGUGUAUGACUGAUGGCACGGGGCAGUGAUUGUGAGGAAAUGAACUUCUUUACGAAUUAAUGGAAUAUUUUGGAGGAUUCAAUUUCAGGAGUAACCUUGUGACAUCUCCUCACAAGUCUUCAUGACAUCGUACCCUGGGAACUAUGCCGACUAAUCAAAGUUGAGGUUUUAAUAUAUUUCUUAAUAGGACAAGUCACGCUCCAUUUCUAAAAAAAAAAAAACAAACAAAAAAAGUAGCUUUAGUCGGAGUGGAUGUUGAAGAUAAAUCCUACAAAAAAUAGGCAACAUAAAAUAAAACAAAUCUCACUUUAAAUCGUUAGACAACAAAAGUAUUACUGAAGAUGUGCGACUUAAAAAAGUCAAUCAAAACAAAAUGCACAAACACAGGAAAUGGAUCAGAUGAAUUAUUUGUCAAUUCUAUAAAAUCGAAGUGUGGGGGAAGUGAUAAAUAAAAACUACUCGUUUUAGUAUCUGUUGAAAUUCCUCUCACGAAAGCAUCCCAACACUUACACUGAAAGCUAUGCAAAAAUCACAUAAAAUCAUGAGAAAAGUUCAGUAAAUAACUUAGACAAACUGACAGGCCUUUCCCGAGAGUCUUACCAGUCCCUAUUAAAAUCGAGCCGUUGAAAAGGUUUCAUCUCUUCCUGAAUUCCUGGGUUUACAUUAAUGUUUGUUUGAAAUUCACGGGUCAAUUUUUUGUAAUUCAAACGUUUAAGCUUUCUUUUAGUUCGCUUGUUUUGAUUAACGCUGUAUGUAUUAAGCAGGAAUUUUUAUAUACAUAUUUCUUCUGACAGGAGUUCUAAACGAAUCAUAUACUCAAGAGAUGCUCGAUCCAAAAUGGCUGGCUGAUCUACCAGAAGAUGUAUCUAAUGCUUGGGAAAAGGAACACAAAGAAUCUGUUAAGACAUACAUACAUGAAGCUCUUGUGGAGUAUGUGGGGAAACCACUGGACAGCUUGCUGAAAUACUUGGAGUUCGAACAUUCUCAAUACUGCGUCCCCAGUAACAUCUCCAGCGGUCUCGCCACGCUCCCUCUGUCAUAUAUCUACAAAAACGGUACUAACACUGGGAUACCAGCCACUGGAAAACUUCCUAACGGUGACCCGCUGGAUGGAAAGAAAGCCUAUGAAAUGAUCUUACCUUACUUCACUACAAGUAUGGAGAUGACACCUAAUAAAGUUUACAAUCUGGGAAAGACAAUGUUGAAUAAGCUUUAUCCGCGAGCCGUGCAAAUAGCAAAGGAAUUAACAGGGCAGCAGGACGAAAAUCAGGCUGUGGUGGCGUUUAAAAAACGUUUAGAACAACAAAGCAUGUUUUUCAAUGAAGAGAAAAUUCCCGAAAAUGAGAGUAACAAGGACGCAUUCGAGAAGUGCACCAGUAUGGAACAAGCUAAAAUAUACUGUCCUAAGAGAUACAAAGCCAUGCUGACCUGGUUUGACUAUGUUAACAGUAAGUAAAGAGAACCAAAAUGUCAUUAGUGUAGAAUAUGCGCUACAAUUAGGGAAAAAAAGAAUCGAUCGAAAGCGAUUAUUUAGCUUCAGGUGCUUUAAUCUCUGAUUCAUUCUACGAGAGGUGAAUUGUAUAAAUGUACCACCUACCAUACCGCAAUGCAGUAAAAUUAUCAACGUUGAUCUGGUUUGACAACGUUUCUAAUUGUCCUCAUGCACACGCAAAGGAAUAUGAUCAUUUUCAAUUAUUCACUUUAUUUCUCUUUUUAUGAAGGUCGAUUCAUUGUCGAAGAUAAAAUGAGUAACAGAGGAGAACAAACAAAAGUAAUUUUAGUUAAACUGAAGGAUUUCAAUCAAACUCAAAAUUCUUCUGGAAUAACAAUUAUCAAGAGGUUUAAAAUCUCGUGAAAUUAUCAUAGCUCAUAACAUUAAUUUAUCAGAUCUCACUGACACAUUUGUUCACCUUUUGUGUGUUGUUUAGCUGUUUUGAGUGACCUUGCCCCGAAAACCAAUCAUAUGUUUCAUUUCACUGGUAAAUACCAGAGCACACCCAACUGUCCGGUCAAGCUGGUAGCGAAUUUCAACCCAGGCACCGGUUCACAGAGUUAUAGAUCCAGCAAUAGAGACUGCACCAAAAAUGCCCAGUACCGAUUACCGUUCUAUUUGAAAGACAUGGGACCAAGAUACAACGCCAUAUCCGUGGGCGCUCACGAGGCGAGGCCUGGACACCAUACCCAGGUAAUUUAUUCUGCUCUUCUCUUCAAUGAGGUCUACCUGUGGGGAUAAAUUUGUGACGAACUGCCAAUUUUAUAAAACGCUACACAAAUUGAUUCUAAAGUGAUUUUGUUUUGGUCUUUUCUUUGUUGAUUUUAUUGAAGCGUUGUCUCUUCUCUGUUUAGGUCCAGGGUUUCACAGAAUUGUUCGGAGACAGCUGUGAGGGCGUGAUAAGCUGGUUGAAUGGUGCAUCUUACUACACCGCGUUUACGGAGGGCUGGGCAUUAUACGCUGAGAAUCCGCUCAUCGCCGAAGAAACAGACACGUACAAAAACAACCCGCUGCAGUUGUAUGGUAUGCUCAAGUGGCAGAUUUGGCGGGCUUUGCGCCUGAUGAUGGACACUGGCCUUCAUUACAAAGGUAUGCUGGUAACUGAUUAUUGACAGCCUUGGGCGAAUAACAAUUUAGCCGGGAAAGUUCUUCCUCAUCCUUAGCCUUAGGCUCGCGUAAAUUAUUCCUAGACACAAGGUAGCUGGCAAAACGGGAAUAAAGUUACAAGGAUGGGGCUUCCGAGGAAUCGAAAUUUGCAACACUAAAUUUCGGGCCCUUGAGUUUUUAGAAAUUGGAAGUGAUCUAAAAUACGUUCAGAAAGAUACCCUUUGUAACAAGGUCUUCAUUGAGGAUUUCGUCUUUUGAGUGUAUGUGUAUCGCAAUCAACCAAAAGUAACCAUUAUAUGGCGAAUAAAUGGUUAGAGAAGUUGGAACUUGACUAACAAAUGCUUAUAGAGCUAACGAACUACAGAAACAUGCAAACGUGAUCAAACGCAGAAGGAAAUUGAGCACUUUGCUUCUGACCUAUGAGACAAAUACAGUUCACUAAUGUUGCACGAUAGUUUCUGUCUCACAUUUUUUUAAUCAAAUAAAUUUCAGGAAUGAAGAGAUGGGAAGCACUGAAACUCUUCGCUGAUUAUGCUUGGGACAAAACUGACAAGGCUGUCAAAGACGUGACGCGUUAUCAGAGCGACCCCGGCCAGGCAACUGCUUACAUGAUUGGCCAGUUAAGGAUUUGGCAGGUACGAAAUGACACUAAGGAUACCAUCGAGAAAGGUAACAAGAAGUUCAGCGAGAAGGAUUUCCAUUACCAGGUUCUUUCCCAAGGAUCCUCGCCACUAAGCUACUUGGAAAGACACCUAUCGAAGUACGCUGAUUGUGUCGUCAAACCUGGUCUAGGUGGCUGUGAAUACAUCAUAGCCAAUCCUUCCAGUGCAGACACUCCUACCAAUGAUGCCGCUUCUAAGCGACCAGCGAAGCCAUUUCAGCCGCGAGCUUAUCAUGAACACCAUGAAUAGUUGCACUGGAAUAUUCUCAUUGAGGUAGAGAAUGAAUAUAUAGAGUUGUAUCAGUUUUUAAAAAUAUGAUUUUAUUAAAAAUAGCGUGGUAGCUAUUAUUACAAUUAUCGCUUUUUCAAUGUGACGACGAAAAUGAAAGAUUCUUCAUAAUGAAAAAUAAUCAAAACAGUAAGAAAGCACCUGAAAUAAAUAGCUCGUAUUGAAAAUCUCAAAUCAUUGGAUCUAGCUUUAGCGGACAAACUACCUUCUGUAAUUGUCCUCGUUUGCAAAUUUUGUAUGUCAGGAGAUGGUGCGAUUUAGCUGCUCCAGUCUCAAAUCAAUAUUGAACUACCACAUGAUACAGAAACUAAGAUGUAAGUCAGUCUUUCAAUCAAAUGCUUCGUAUUUAGAAGCUGCUAUAAAUUUUCUGCAUAGUUUAACAUUGAGUGGGCAUUUCAGUUUCCUCAGCUAUCUUGAAGAGAGCUAUGUUGACGAACACUUUUAUUAUUCACUUUUAGUAGCGUUUGAUAUAUAUACUUUGUUUGAUCAUCUGUAUGGAAAACUUUCAUGACCCAUUUAAAUGUUUUUAUUCGUUAAUUUUUUAGUCAGGUUGUCUUUCUUUGGCCAUAGAACACUUGCCGAAAACUACUAGUUCAACCAUGAAUGUGUAUUGGAAGUUGGGCUUGAGGUGUAAAUGCAUUUCAUUUACUAUUGCCUUCUGUUAGGUCUAUUGAAGCAGUGGAAAUCUUUUAAACUUGUUCUUAACGUGCAAAAAGUUACGAUUAAAAUUCAAUAAAAUUGAAAGUCGUCUUCGUUCUGCUGUGACGUAAGUGUUCGGUAGCGUUUUACAACAUAAUCGGAAAAUGCUAAAGGAUGUUCGUCUCCUCUGUUUACGCUUAAUAAUGAUAAUAACAUCUCAUUAUUAUUAUUAAAAUUAUUAUUUUGAAAAUAGUGUAAUCCCUUAUGUAAUAUAUAAAUUAUAUAAUCAUCACCAUCAUCAUCACCAUUUUCUGUACACCACUUUUACUUUCAUUAUCAUUUCUAUUAUCAUCAUUUUUAACCUUAUCGUUAUCAUUAUCACUAUCGUUAUUAUUAAUAUUAUUAUUGAUUUAAAAGUAUUUUCUGUCUCCAGAUUCUCUAUCGAGGAGUAUUGCUCGGUACAUCUUUGACAGCUUUAGCAGGGUUUAAUAAUUCCGUUCUCUUUUCCCAGGAACUCUUUGGAAUAAGUUUUGUUACUCCAUAUGUCGAUGCACUAAAUUUUCUCUUAAGCCGAAGUAAUUUUUCUAAUGAUAACAAUACUUAGAGCUCAAAGAUUUCCGAUCAGCGGGAUACGCCAAUUUGCGAUAGAUAGAGAUUAUUUAACAGUCAAUUAACGACACCACCUGAGAAGAAAGAAAAAAAUGGAAUGGGUGAGACGUGUACUUGCUAAAUGCGC